UGUCCCAGAACGAAAUACGGUUAAAACAACGUUGACAGUAAAACAAAUGCCGUGGACAACAAACAGAAUACCAAAAACAACAACGAUAACAAAACUAAAGCCAGGUCCACCAGUUCUAGCGACAACAACAAUGAUGAUUAUUAAAAUACCAACAACACACACAACAAGGAUGGGGGAAAGGCCAUCAGCAAUAAAGACAACACACAACAAUAUGCUAAAGAAACAAAUAACGUCAAAAACUGUGUCAAUCAAAACAACAAGAAAAAUAAAAGCGACAAGCCUGACAAAAACUGCUUCAACAGAAUUAGCAAGAGUUGUAGAAUAUGAAAUAACUUUAGCGUUCCUUGAAACAAAGUUGAGAACAGGUUACUACACCAAAGUGAUGGUGAAGGGCCUGAACGCAGAAUCAUCAACAGAAGUCAAUGUCCUUAUAGAUGGCAGCUAUCCAGAACCCAAAGCUCCAGAAAGCACUAGCUUAAAUAUCUGUGAGAUUUAUAUUUAUUUUAUUUCAUCAUUGUUGCAAACCACGACCAAAAUGUAG